CCAGCACAUAGUAAGUUAAUGGCAUUCCGACAGCGGUGGUCCUCAUUACGAGAGUGUUACGAGCAGCACAUUACAGAGAUGGACACAAGGGAGGUCACUUUGCAUCGAGUGGUCAACAUUGUUGAAAGGAGGAAUCCCCACCCAGGGGCGGUAGCCUAUGACCGAGCUUUUGAUGAUCCGUGGUACAAUGGAGUUCCAAAUUAUGGGGACCGUCCAAAUUAUCAAGAAGGCCCUAAUUUUCAUGGUGAAGACCGCCACGUGAAAGACGACUACCCUCCAAGCCGAUACUACGACGACAACCCCAACUAUGGCAAUGUCCGUAGCGAGUCACCACCCCACCAUCAGGAGCCACCCUAUCAGCGUCCACGUUAUGGCAGAGAUGAUUUGAGGCAUCAGUUGCGCUCAAGGCAAAAUGGCCAACCCGGUCCUUAUUACAAUACCAGAGGUCGGGGCCACUCUCAAAAUCAAAAGGAUCGUAGUCAUCACAGGCCCUCCAAGAACGAGUCUGAGCGUUUUUCCGGAAAGAGGAAAGGCCCUCCACCUGCCAAGAAGACCUGCUCCUCUGAGUCGGACAAAGGCUCUGCCCAGCCUCCAAAGAAUGAAACCCUGACUGUAACAGUGCCCACUCCGAGCAGCCCCGUGGAGGAAACUCCUCAAACGGCUUCAUUGUCAAUGGAACAACCCUCUGACUCCGGCGCAGACGUGGAGGAGAAGGUGGUGGUAGAGGUGGCCCCUCCCAGCGCAGAGGCCAAGACGACUCAAGAUGAAGUCGUAAUGGCCCGACGAUCUGAAGCCAUUAAAGCCAAGGCACUGGAUAUUAAAAAGCAUUUUAAACAGGACUGUGAAACUUUUGUCACGGUGGUAAAGAUGCUGGCGUCCCAGGAGCCCACUUUGGAGACUCUGCUUCAGGGAGCGGUCGAUGCGAAGUUGUCGGAGAUCAAUGAGCACUACCUCACUGCCCUCAGGCGCUACGUGAAAGAACUCGAUGAAGCGUUGGAGUUGCCGGCCACCUCGACCUGAUAUUGGAGUAUAAACACAAAAAUUCUUCCAGGGACACAAACUCUGAUUUUAACUACUUUGUUUUAAUCAUGCUGUCAUUUUUGAAAUGUUUUUAAUAUGUUAUCUGCACUUUUGCUCACCAAAAUAGUCAAUACUGCAUUCAACUAGUGUUAUUUGGGAAGUCUAUACAGUGAGGCAAAAAAAGUAUUUAGUCAGCCACCGAUUCUGCAAGUUCUCCCGCUUAAAAUGAUGACAAGAGGUCUGUAAUUUUCAUCAUAGGUACACUUCAACUGUGAGAGACAGAAUGUGAAAAAAAAUCCAGGAAUUCACAUUGUAGGAAUUUUAAAGAAUUCAUUUGUAAUUUAUGGUGGAAAAUAAGUAUUUGGUCAACCAUUCAAAGCUCUCACUGAUGGAAGGAGGGUAUGGCUCAAAAUUUCACGAUACAUGGCCCCAUUCAUUCUUUCCUUAACACGGAUCAAUUGUCCUGUCCCCUUAGCAGAAAAACAGCCCCAAAGCAUGAUGUUUCCACCCCCAUGCUUCACAGUAGGGAUGGUGUUCUUGGAAUGCAACUCAGUAUUCUUCUUCCUCCAAACACGACGAGUUGAGUUUAUACCAAAGAUUAUAUUUUGGUUUCUUCUGACCACAUGACAUUCUCCCAAUCCUCUGCUGUAUCAUCCAUGUAUCCAUUUUGGUAUAAACUCAACUUGUCGUGUUUGGAGGAAGAAGAAUACUGAGUUGCAUCCCAAGAACACCAUACCUACUGUGAAGCAUGGGGGUGGAAACACAAUGCGUUGGGGCUGUUUUUCUGCUAAGGGGACAGGACGAUUGAUCCGUGUUAAGGAAAGAAUGAAUGGUGCCAUGUAUCGUGAGAUUUUGAGCCGAAACCUCCUCCUGAGAGCUUUGUAUGGUUGACCAAAUACUUAUUUUCCACCAUAAUUUACAAAAAAAAUAUUUAAAAUUCCUACAAUGUGAAUUCCUGGAUUUUUUUCUCACAUUCUGUCUCUCACAGUUGAAGUGUACCUAUGAUUAAAAAUUACAGACCUCUGUCAUCAUUUUAAGUGGGAGAACUUGCACAAUCGGUGGCUGACUAAAAACUUUCUUGCCCCACUGUAUAUCGCUGAGUGAAAUCCAUUUCCUUUUUUUAUCGUUGUAGGUUUUACCUGGACAACAUUAAGGACAGUCCGGUUGAAGAUAAUACAUUCUACAAAAACAAAGUUGCACUGAGGUUGGUUUUAAAACUGGUAUAGAAAUGAAGAUGUCUUCCUAAAAUGGCUGAUGUUUUAUUCAAGUCUUAAAAGUAAACUCCAACUGCUUUUAAAAUCUUUGUUCAGACACAGAAAUCUUGCAAUACUUUGAAAAUGUCAACAGGGAUUUGGUCAACCAACCCUUAUGUCUUAAAAAUGUGUGUCGGAUCAUCCAAACAAUACCUUGUAACAGUAUUUUGGGACCAACAAACAUGGUUACUAUAUGUUUAUAUCUCUGUGAUCGAGAGAGUGCUAUUUUAGUGUUUGAUGGAUUUCAAACACAAACUACGCAACGCUCAUUUUAGACUAUUUUAAAAUAAAGAUUUGCCAUGAAUGAAA